AUUCCUUAAUUCUUAAUAUACUAUUAUCAGCUAUUACCUGUAUGCAAUUGUGAAUGAAAUAUUGAAUUUUUGUUUGAACUUAAUCUGGCAGAAAUGGUAGUACGAUAUUAGUUAUUUAACAAUUGCAAUCAAUCACUGUGGGAUCGUUGAUGAUUCUGUUUCAUCGUUGUGAUUCUGUUGUGGUUCCCAUCUAUGUAUUAAAAAAUUCAGUUACUCUGUACUGGGAAAUAGCCUUAAUAUGGCUGUAAAGUUUUCUGGUGAUACUGGAAACGCUGAUCUAGAGGGGAAGAUUACUGAAUGGUUGAAAUGGAAUAAGGAUGUAACCGCCGAGCGUGAAGUUCAAGAAUUAAUACUUAGCAAUGAUAAUAAAGUUUUGUCUAAUUUAUUUUUAAAAAGACUGGAAUUUGGUACUGCUGGUUUAAGAGGUCGGAUGGGACCAGGAUAUAGCCAAAUGAAUGAUUUAGUUAUAGUUCAAACUGGCCAAGGCUUAUCAUCAUAUAUAUUGAAUAGUAUUAGUAAUCCUAAUGAAAAGGGUGUCAUAAUAGGAUAUGAUGGACGUCAUCAUAGUAAAAGAUUUGCAGAACUGACAGCUGCAAUUUUUUUGGCUAAGAAUGUGAAAGUAUACCUUUUCUCAAAAGUUGUUCCAACUCCAUUUAUACCCUACGGUAUAUUGAAAUAUAAAUGUGCAGCUGGAAUAAUGAUCACAGCUUCUCACAAUCCUAAAGAUGAUAAUGGUUAUAAGGUUUAUUGGGAAAAUGGUGCUCAAAUAAUUUCGCCACAUGAUAAAGAGAUCCAAAGGAACAUACUGAAAAAUCUUGAACCAUUAGAUUCAUCAUGGAACGUAGCGAAGGUCUAUAACAGUUCAUUAUAUUUAGAUCCAUGGAGUGACAUUGUGCAAUCUUACUUUACUGAUCUCAAAGAGACCGUUUUGUAUCCAGAGGUUAACAAAAAUACAAUAUUAAAAUAUACUUAUACUCCAAUGCAUGGUGUUGGAUAUGAAUACAUGACUGCAGCUUUUAAUGCUGCAAAUUUAAAGCCAUUCAUAGUAGUUGAGGAACAGAAGUUACCUGAUCCAGAAUUUUCUACGGUUAAAUUUCCAAAUCCGGAAGAAGGAAAAAGCGCUUUGGAUCUUAGUAUAAAAAUAGCAAAUAAGAAUUCGUCGUCCAUAAUUCUUGCUAAUGAUCCAGAUGCAGAUAGACUAGCUUGUGCUACAAAACUGAAAAAUGAUGAAUGGCAUAUUUUCUCUGGCAAUGAAUUAGGAGCACUCUUAGGAUGGUGGAUGCUGCACAAGUAUCAAGUUCAACAUGCUGAUACAGACUUUUCAGAUGUAUACAUGAUGGCAUCAACAGUUUCAAGCAAAAUAUUAGGAUCAAUGGCUAAACAGGAAGGAUUCAAUUAUGAGGAAACUUUAACAGGUUUUAAAUGGAUGGGCAAUAGAACUGUAGAAUUAAAGAAAGCAGGGAAAGAAGUUAUAUUUGCAUAUGAAGAAGCUAUUGGUUUUAUGUGUGGAUCAAAAGUUCUCGACAAAGAUGGGAUAAGUGCUGGAAUGCAUGUAGCGGAAUUAGCUGCUUAUCUCGAAACCAUGGGGCUCACUUUGUACGAUAAAUUACAAGAAAUUUAUGCUCAAUAUGGACAUCACAUUUCUAAUAAUUCGUAUUGGAUUUGCUAUGAACAAGAUGUAAUUAAGAAAAUAUUUGAAAGACUGCGAAAUUUUGCUAGUAAACCAAAUACGUAUCCAACAAAUAUCCUCGGUGGAAAAUAUUCCAUAAUAGGAGUGCGUGAUCUCACAACUGGUUAUGACAAUACACAGCCGGAUAAUAAAGCUACUUUACCCGUUACAAAAUCUAGUCAAAUGAUAACGUUUACAUUUAAAAACGGCUUAGUUAUAACGCUAAGAACUAGUGGUACUGAACCGAAAAUUAAAUAUUACAGCGAACUCUGUGCAUCUCCUGAGGAACAAAAUAUCGAAACUUUAAAAGGCACACUCGAUGAAAUGGUAUCAGCAGUUGUAACAGAGUUUCUUCAACCCGAAGAAAAUUGUCUUUUACCUCGGGUUAGUUAG